AUGUCUGGAGCCGGAGCACCACCCCCUCCUCCACCUCUCAAGAGCAAUGCCGACCUGGGCAUUGCGAACGACAAAAGAGCCGAACUUGUUGCAGACCACAAGGGCCUGCAUUCUCCAUCCUCGUCCGAAAGAGAUGAAGACAGUGUUGAUCUCAACAAGGAAAUAUAUGAUAGCACCGCGAUCGAUCCGGUGUUGGCGAAGAAGAUGGCGCUCGCCAACUCGGCCAUUGAUGAAAUCGGGAUGACACCGUUCCAGUGGAAGUUGUUUUAUCUCAAUGGAUUUGGCUAUGCAGUCGACUCGCUUCUCAUCGUCUGUCAAUCAAUCGCUGGGCCUGCCGUUGCUCAAGAGUUCGGAAACCCGACGCCGCGCCUGGCCGGGGUGGCUCUCGCUUCUCAAGUAGGGCUGCUCUUCGGUGCUGCAAUCUGGGGCUUCAGUGCCGAUGUUAUCGGGAGACGUCUGGCAUUCAACUCGAGCCUGUUCCUCUGUGCGAUUUUUGUCCUCAUUGCGGGCGCCAUGCCGAGUUACGUUUCGUUCUCUGCAAUGGUCGCUAUUUACUCUGCCGGUGCCGGUGGCAACUAUAUCCUCGAUGCGACGAAUUUGCUCGAGUUCUUACCCUCCUCGCACGCUUGGCUGGUCACAUUCAUGGCAGUAUGGUGGGCUAUCGGCUAUGCAGUAACAGGAUUCCUGGCCUGGGGCUACAUGAGCAAUUACUCCUGUGCCCCUGAUGCGUCACCAGCAGAGUGCAACUGGGACGACAAUUGGGGCUGGCGCUAUCUACAUUUCACCUGCGGCUCCCUCGUCAUCGUCCUCGCAUUGGCCCGGCUUAUCUUUGUCCGCAUGCCUCAGACACCUAAAUGGCUGAUCUCUCAGAAUCGUGAUGAGGAAGUAAUUGCCAAUCUUCAGAAAGUGGCCAAGGAUUUCAAUCGGCCCCUAUCUCUUACUCUGAAGAGGCUUCAGAGGGAAGGGAGAGUGUUGCACACGGACAAGUCGGCCUUUUCUGCUCUACGACUGCGACAACAUUUUUCACAGCUGUUUAAAACCAAGAAGCUCGCAUAUUCGACUGUCAUGAUAAUCCUCAAUUGGGUAGUCAUUGGUAUGGUCAGCCCUCUGUUCGGUGUUUUCCUACCAUAUUAUCUGAAGAGCCGGGGAGCGGAUGUCGGGGGAAAUGACAACUAUACAGUCUGGCGCAACUACGCAUUGAACCAAGUCAGUGGCCUUUUUGGCCCCAUCAUCGCCGCAGUUCUCGUCGAAACUCGUGCCAUCGGGCGUCGUGGCACUCUCGCAAUUGGUGCCGCCAUCACCACUGCGCUUCAGUUCGGAUAUACACAGAUCAAAACCCCAGCGCAAAAUGUCGGCGUUUCUUGUGCCAUUUCGGCCGCAUCCAACAUCUACUAUGGCACGAUAUACGCCUACACUCCAGAGAUCCUUCCCGCAGCUCACCGUGCAACGGGCUAUGCCAUUUGUGUUGUCUUGAACAGGGUUGGAGGCAUCGUCGGAGUGCUAGUCGGGAGCUACGCCAAUGUUGAGACCACUGCACCGCUUUUCGUCUGUGGUGGCUUAUUUGGGCUCUUGAUUGUCCUCAGCCUAGCACUGCCCUUCGAGAGCAUGGGCAAGCGGACUGUCUAA